UUCCUCUGUCACAGUGUACUAGGAACUGAAACACAGCACAGUUUGAUAUUCAUUGUGUGUCUAAACCUCAUGUUAUGACUCCUAUGAGCCUCUCAUCCCCUUGGAUCCAUGUCAGAGACUGGGCCAGAAUAAGGUACAGCACACAGCAAUAGCUACAAUGGUGAACUGUAAUUGUGUGUUACUAGUGAUCUCCUGCACACUACUAAACGUGCAUGCUUUGCAAACUGAUAAAUGUCAAAAUACUGUAACCUCAUUUUCAGUUUCCACUCAACGCAAUAAUACCGGACACUGGUACUCUGAAGUUACAAUGGACUUUCAGACUGAUAAGGGCACUGAUGGGUACAAGAGACAGAGUGGCCCACGGAAUCUUGGUGUGAGUUUCUACAACAAGAGAUGUGAUGGAAAAGAAUCUUUGUCCAUAGUGACAGCUAUAACAGUUCCACCACCAAAACCUGGUCCUGGAUAUGAGCUUUUUGCUGGUGUUGGUUAUUACAAAUUUCAUACCACUAAGGAGACCUGGAGUGAUGCAAGAAGGAUCUGUGUUACUGAAGGAGCACAUCUGGCUAUUUUAAAUUCAGAUACUGAAGCAAAUAUUGCCAAACAGUUGUUUUCAAAACACAAACAACUUGAUUCAUGGGCAUUUAUUGGUUUCAAUGAUGAAAACAAAGAGGGAGAAUACAUCACAAUAUUUGAUGAACCACUUCAUACAACAGGCUACACAAAAUGGGCUGGUGGACAGCCUGACAAUUACCAGAAUAAUGAAGACUGUGGAAGUAUUGACCAUGAAGGUAGAUUAAAUGAUUAUCCAUGUGGUGCCAAGGCUCCAUUUAUCUGUGAAUGUGAAUUGUAAUGAAUGGUAACAAAUCUGUACCAAUAUGUGCAUAUAAUAAAGAAAAUUGUUGCAAAUUACGAUGAUUCCUGUGUAUUGUGAAAGACUUCCAAAAGAGUUUUUUAUGCAGG